AUGUUUAAUAAUUUAAGACAGGAUGAAAGUGAAGAAGAAAGAACGGCACCAGACGAUAAUUAUACAGCUUCAGAUCUUUCUACGGAUUCAGAGGACAAAGGUUAUUCACCCGAAAAUGAAGGAUCUAUAUCCUCUGAAUCAAUUGACAUCUUAUUUUCAGCAGAAAUAAGAGAAAAGGCGUUAUUGGAA